GAGAAUUGUGACUCCUGUGUGGAGAAUUCAUUGCUAGAUCGCAACGCACCGUCGUCUUGUUUUAAUCGCAUGAGGAGAUCGAAGCGAUGAUGUCGCGUACGAACACCGGCGGCACGUCGGCGCGACAGAACAGCGACGAGUCUGUCUCCCCGAGGUGCGUCCUCGACGACGGCGGCUAUAGGAUGAGCACCAGCAACGCCGGCAGUAGCACCACGACCACCAUGGCCAGCGGCAGCAGUACCCCAGCAACGACGAGCGCGUCGUCUCCAGCUACAACGGUGGCGGUGACGACGUACACCGACCCAUCCGCGCUACUGAAGGCGGCCGGGCGGCGCGACGGGUCGGCGGCGCCGCCGUGGAAGGCCGUGGCCGAGGCGUGGCGGUCCAGGGCCAAGCGCCAGCUCUCUGUCCGCAUCCCGUCGUUAGGGCCCACGAUGUCGUCGACACUGCGGCGUCUGAGCAGCCGCCGGACGGACAACAUCGAGGUGCACGAGUUCUGCGUCCUCAAGCCGACCCUCCGCACUUUCUCCCUCGCCGAGCUCAAGAAGGCCACCCGCAACUUCAGCAAAGAGAACGUGGUGGGCAGGGGAGGGUUCGCCAAGGUGUAUCGAGGCAGCCUCCCCGGCGGCGAGCUGGUGGCGGUGAAGAAGCUGACGGCAACGCAGGGGGCCGAACGGAUGGAGGGCUUCCUGUCGGAGCUGGGGCACGUGGUGAACGUGAGCCACCCCAACAUCGCCAGGCUCGUGGGCGUGGGCGUCGACGGCGGCGAGCACCUCGUGUUCCCCUUCUCCCGCCUCGGCUGCCUCUCCGGGAUGCUCCACAGCAACAGCGGCGCAGAGCCCAUGCCGUGGGAGGCGAGGUACAGGGUGGCGCUGGGCACUGCGCGCGGGCUAGAAUACUUGCACGAGAGGUGCGCCCGGAGAAUCGUGCAUAGGGACAUCAAGCCCGCCAACAUCCUCCUCAUGGACAACUAUGAACCCCUGAUCUGCGAUUUCGGGCUGGCGAGGUGGCUGCCGGCGAAGCUGACGCACCUGCAGGUGAGCGUGUUCGAGGGCACCUUCGGCUACGUGCCGCCCGAGUACACGACGCACGGCGUGUUCAGCGAGAAGACGGACGUGUUCGCUCUCGGCGUCGUGCUGCUCGAGCUCCUCACCGGCCGCCGCGCCGUCGACACCGCCAAGCUCAGCCUCGUCGCAUGGGCAAAGCAGUACCUCGAAGUCGACGACGACGACGAGGACGAGACCCUCAAGAUGGCCGACCCAGCGCUGGGCGGCCGGUACGACGCCGAGCAGCUCCGGAACAUGGCGUGGGCGGCCAAGCUCUGCGUCCACGCCUCCCCGCACCAGCGCCCACAGAUGAGCGAGGUGGUGCAGAUACUAGCAGGAGAGGGGGCGCAUCUACGUGGCGGCAGGGGGGCCCACGGGGUCGACGACGAGCUGCUGCCGGAGACGGACGGCUACGACGGCGACGCGGCGCCUGGGUACGUGGAUGAUCUGAGCCGCCAUAAGGCGCUCGCCUUCGCCGUCGACGUCGACGUGGACUCGGACGAGGAUUCCACGCCACCAGUGCGACACGCACCCGCCACCACGUUUGUUCGUGAAGUGUAGCUGGGCACGGUCGCACGGGCGGGCGGCAACGACAUCCUCUUUUUUUUGUCGUGCCUGUGAUGAUGUGUAUAUUUUGCAUAUGUAUAUACAAAAUUAAAGGGAAAGAAUUGUCAGAUUGCGGCAUUGUGUAUGGUGCGAGUGAGGAAGAAGCUGAGGAAAUCAAAGGGGUAAUUGAAAAUUGGCAUAUUGAGUCACCGAACUGCCAAAACC